AUGAGCGAAGACGAGAUUCGGAAGGAAGAGGCGCUGGCGCUGCAAAGUCUGGCCCUGAGCACGGUUGAUAGUCAUAAUCCAGGAGCUGUCGGGCGCUUUGCCCGAGUGGUGGAGCCGCCAGCGCGGGCUCUCGAUGCGGCGCUUUGGCAAGCCCCCAAAGCCACGCCAGCCGGCGCCCUCCUUCCUUGGCGUUUCGUUCAGCAAGUCGAGAAGCUCCAGAUUGGCGGCUUCCUGGGGUCCACGGUCGGCCUCUUCGUGUCUCCUUACCUGCCCUGGAGAUGCGGAGGCGGUGAGAUGUGCUUCUUCGACGUGGUUUCCAUCAACCAGGCCGAUCCGGACUUGAUGCAGAAGGGAAUCUAUGGUCUUGGCGGGUUCCUGGCUGCCUCAUCGGAGCUGCGGAUCCUAUGGAGCCCGCCUUAUCUUUCGAGGCUUUGGUGCGUCUUCGAACUGGCGGCCUUCCGCCAAGCGAACCCCACUGGAAGGAUCCACCUAAAGCCGCUCUUCCUGGAGACGGGCUUGCUUUACGUGAUCCUCGCAGUCUACUUCUUCGUCGUUUUCGAGGAUGUCAAGGUGCGACUGCUGGGAGAGAGGUCCUACGACAUGAGCUGGCUGCCCCUGGGCAUGACCUGCUGCUCCCUGCUCCCCUUCCUCGUUCUUCUCCACGGCCUUCGCAGAAUUUGCCACGAGAAGCGCCAGCUGAUUGCCGGCCUCCGGACUUUUGACCUAGACAAAGUGGACUGCAAGGUCCCAACAGACGAGGAGUUCAUCUACGAAGGCAUCCGCGAGUGGUACCGCAGCCCGGAAGCAUUCGUGGACUACGUCAGAGGCCCACUCGCAGAUGAGCUCACAGAGCCCUUCUUCUUCCUGACGCUGCCCAUCGCGUAUUGGCUGAUGGCGAUGACGCCCAUCAUCUCAGCCGAGAUGGAUGUCUGGCUGCACCUGUUUCGGCAGGGGCAGACUGCUCAGGAGGCCGUUGCCUCAUUGCUGGUCUUGGUGGUCGCGGCACCUCUCUUCUGUAUGAACAUCAUGCACUUGAUACUGUUCUCGUGCGAGCACCUCACCGACGCCCCGACCGGAGUGCUUGAGUACUGCAAGACCUUGCUGAUUUGGGUCUUGAUGGUCCUGGUGGUGUUCUUCUUCGUGCUGCUUGCCGGGCCUUUCGUCCAAGAAGCUCAAAUUCCUGGCGGGGUCAUCGCCAGCGCCACGAACGCAGUCAUCUUCUACAUCGCUUGGCGCUGCAAAGGUCCGAGUGACUAG